GAGGAAGGACGCCAUUAUCGCAGCCGCCGCACAAAACACCACGAGAACUCGGCGCCCGCCUCACACGGAGUGCAUGCCUGGGCAGCUGCAGUGGUGCCUCAGGGGAUUUGCUGCUGGUUCUGAAUGAUGUCAGAGCAGGAUUUGGCAGAUGUGGUUCAGAUUGCUGUUGAGGACCUGACUCCAGAUAAUCCAGUUGUGUUGGAGAACCAUGAGGUGGCAGAUGAUGAUGUGGAACCUGCCCUGAAACGUCAGAGGAUAGAAAUCAACUGCCAGGAUCCCUCUAUAAAGUCGUUCCUGUAUUCCAUCAACCAGACCAUAUGCCUGAGGCUGGACAGCAUCGAGGCCAAGCUGCUGGCACUGGAGGCCACCUGCAAAUCCCUGGAGGAGAAGCUGGACCUGGUGAUGAACAAACAGCACAGCCCCAUCCAGGUGCCCAUGGUGGCUGGGUCCCCGCUGGGAGCCACCCAGACCUGCAAUAAAGUCAGAUGUGUUGUCCCUCAGACCACGGUGAUCCUCAACAACGACCGGCAGAAUUCCAUCGUGGCCAAGAUGGUGGGGCAGGAGGAGCCACUGAGCAGAGCAGCAGAUUCCCUGGAAAACAUCCUCAGCAAGUGGAUAAAUAAAAAAAAAAAAACCCUUCAUUUUCACUGGGCCUGGAGUGGUUUCUCAAGAAAAGAGAUCUCUGGGAGCGAGUUGGACACCUGGACUGGCUGCACCAGUUCCUGUGUAAACCAGAACGUGAACACCAACAAUUUUUGGUGCUGUUGGGAGGAUUACCCCAACGGGACGUGGCUGGGGGACGAGAACAACCCCGAGAUGCGUGUGCGCUGCCCCAUCACGCCCGCUGACAUGCUGCACAUCAGCACCAACUGCCGCACGGCCGAGAAGAUGGCCCUGACCCUGCUGGAUUACCUGUUCCACAGGGAGAUCCAGGCCAUCUCCAACCUCUCGGGACAGGGCAAGCACGGCAAGAAGCAGCUGGACCCUCUCAUGAUCUACGGGAUUCGCUGCCAUUUGUUUUACAAGUUUGGCAUCACAGAGUCAGACUGGUACCGCAUCAAGCAGAGCAUCGACUCCAAGUGCAGAACAGCCUGGAGGAGGAAGCAGAGAGGGCAGAGCCUGGCUGUGAAAAGCUUCUCCAGGAGAACACCCUCCUCCUCCUCCUACAGUGGCUCAGAGGGAUCCCAGAGCUCGGUGUCAGCCUCCAGUGAGAUGCAGCAGAACCAGCCCCAGGCCCUGCACUACGCCCUGGCCAAUGCUCAGCAGGUCCAGAUCCACCAGAUUGGAGAGGAUGGACAAGUCCAAGUAGGCCAUCUCCACAUAGCCCAGGUGCCCCAGGGAGAGCAGGUCCAGAUCACCCAGGACAGCGAGGGAAAUCUGCAAAUCCACCAAGUGCACGUGGGUCAGGACGGGCAGGUAGGAGCAGGAUUGAGUUCAAACAUUUUUCCUUGGUCUUUGAUUGGAAUUUUGGGAUCAUUCUCCCCAUUUUUUUAGUGCCUGUUUUAAAGUUCUGUGGCCUUCCUGGUGAAAUGAAUAAUGUGAAAAAGGAUAAAACUCCAUGGGAAUAUUUCAUAUUUGGCCCAUAUUUGGUUCAUCAUUCCUGCAAGAUUUUUUUUUUUUUUCUCCCUCCUUUGGCCUCUCCCCAAGGAGGAGCUGGAU